AUGAACUUCACUUCCACUCAGCUCACAAGUUAUUUCCAGAAUCAAGGUUUGGGAGCGCCUCCCGAGUUUAGGAAAUGGAACGCCCAUCCGUUCAAUUUUGGCAUUCGGUUUUGUGAAAUUGAGAUAGCAAAGAACAACCUCCCGAGUUUUCGAAACAUAGCGCCUAGCCGUUCAAAGUCGGCGUUCGGUUCUGCAAAGCAAUACGGUCUAUUACCAGAAAUUGAGGCUUACAGGAACAACCUCCCGAGUUUUCGAAACAUAGCGCCUAGCCGUUCAAAGUCGGCGUUCGGUUCUGCAAAGCAAUACGGUCUAUUACCAGAAAUUGAGGCUUACAGGAACAACCUCCCGAGUUUGCGAAACAUAGCGCCUAGCCGUUCAAAGUCGGCGUUCGGUUCUGCAAAGCAAUACGGUCUAUUACCAGAAAUUGAGGCUUACAGUCGGUGUUCGGUUCUGCAGAGCAAUGAGGUCUCUUAUCCUAAAUUGAGGCUUACAGGAACAACCUCCCGAGUUUGUGAAAUAUGGCGCCCAACCGUUCAAGUUCAGUGUUUGGUUCUGUGGGGAAAUAAGGUCUCUUGCUGGAAAUUGCGGCUCACACGGAAGUUCUUAUCGUAUUCUAUGUUUUUGGGCUCAAUUCAACAGGAAUUGCUUCAGGAGUGA